AUGAACCAGGCUGGUACACCUGUGUUGGCGUGCUCCGUGUGCUCUGAAACCUUUCGAAGAGCCGAGCACCUGAAACGCCACAGUUUAACUCAUAUCGAUGACAAGCCACAUGCUUGUUUAUUCUGCGAUUCUCGGUACAAGCGGACCGAUGCACUGCGGCGACACUGGAAGACUUGUCCUCAACGAGUGGCUUCGGGUGUUCAGAUUCCAAAGCGCAGCUUAUCCGGAAGGCGAAAACAAGCUUGCGAUCAAUGUACCUCUCGUAAGCGAGCUUGCAGUACGGGCCAGCCAUGCUCUGAAUGCUUUCUGCAGGCCACGGAAUGUACCUAUCAUGGCGCACAAGGGAGGAGGCUCUCGGAGACAGGCGGUAGUCAGAGAGAGCCAGAUACAUUUGCAGGCAGCGGCAUUGUUUCAGAAGCCCUUCCACAGUCCAGUCGUCGUCAAAGACAAAAGGCCUCGGUGAGGAAUGACGACCUCAAUUCACAUACACCCAACGGACAGGCUUCGCGGGCUCGGUUCGAUUUCCUUCUCAACUUCACCAAAGCCACUGGACUCAACGAGGCGUAUAACUAUGCCCCAAAGAGAGGUCUGCCAUCUCCAGUCCAUGCAUAUUUCGAGAAUCUAGCAUCUGGAAGCCUUCCAUUCGAAGACUCUACGGUUUCAAACCCCUUCAGUUGCUACCUAGACGAAGUGGAAGCAAGUCUCUGGGGAGAUACUGAACUUUCCGAGCCUUUUACCGGCAACCAGGCUCGGCAUGUUUCUUCAUUGAUGGUUGAUAAGGCGAUCCAACUGUGGGAACUAAUGCAGCAUCCGUUAGAGAGCCGAGUAUCCUAUUCCCCUGAAAUGGUCGGUUUUUUCUCGCCGCAGAACUUGACGCGGUAUCUUGAUUUGUUCUGGAGUCGCUGGUAUCGGCAUUGCCCGAUCAUUCACAGAGCAACUUUUGAUUUGGGGAACUGCUCGAUUUUACUCUUUGCAACAAUGUCGCUUGUCGGGGCGUGCAUGUCUCCUCAACAAUCAGAUCAUCAAGGGGCAAAACAACUUUUGGAUGUGGUAGAAGAGCUCAUAUUCUCAAGUCCGCUUUUCUCAGAGGUUGCUUUCACUGGAACGAGGAAAGAUGAUCAAUUGGGAACCCGCCAGAAUGUCGAAACAUUACAAGCGGCUUGCUUCAUGUGCCUGUUGCAAAAAUGGGAAGGGAGUGAUCCCGCCAAAUUACGAAUGCAACGGCAUCGCUUCACUUCCUUCGUCGCGACGACAAGAGCAAUGGGCUUGUCUCAAGCAACCCACCGCCGAGGAAGCAUGGGUACAAGGAUCAAUGAUGCUCAGUGGAGAGAAUGGAUACUGAAAGAGGAGAUGAUCCGCACGUUCAACCAUAUAUUCCUGCUCGAUUCUGCAUUUGUGAUAUUUCACAACUCUGUUCCGCGAAUGGUCUUGCAGGAAAUGGCCAUUGACCUCACAUGCCCUGAACCUGUCUUCCAAGCAGCAACACCGGAGGAGUUUAUGAUUGCCAUCAAGUCCCAUCCUGCCCGACUUACGCCUCCUCUGCUCACCGACUGCGUUCGCACUCUAUGCGCGGACAGCCCCGAUGAAGCGAUACUUGCCCAUAUUCACAGCGAGAGUGCUCUUAAUUUGUUUACUUUUGCGACAGCAAUUCAUGGUCUCAUCUUCCAUCAACUUAGAGCGUUCUCCCCUCUUCCUCUGGCGACCGGCCCUCUAAAAAGGGCGCUUGAUCGCUGGGAGAAUGCGUGGACUAGUAAUACUGAGAGUAUAUUGCAUUCUAACAGCCCGAGCAACGACAAUCAAGAAUGCGCCUUCCCUCAGCGUGCCGGAGAAUUCGCUCUACUGGCGCGAGCCCACAUUGAGAAAUCACACCUGUCUACGGAGGAGUGGAACGCAAUAGUCAAGAAUCUGCCUGAACAUGUGUCACGGGAACCGGGUGAACAUCUAGCUACCUUCGAUCAAACGGACAUGGAUCCAGUGGCAGGUCUUAUAUUGGCUGUUGAACAUCUAGAUCUCACAUGA